AAAACACUAGCGGCAGUCACUGCGUCGCAGUGUCAGUGAUGGAACACUAUCUUGAGUAGCCGUUCAGGAAUAACACGAGCGCUGCUGUGGUUCUUGAGUCCGUGGCAGCACUUCCCACCUUCCCUGAUCGACUGUCAUAUUAACAUAGUCGCCAUGUGGCUGGAGCUGUUCAUUUUCGCCCUUCUGGUGCUGCUUCUGCGGUACUACUUCACCAGGCCCUCGGGCAUGCCUCCAGGUCCGAUGGUGAUCCCUUACAUCGGGAACUUUUUACGCCUGGAUAUUCCCAUGGUCAAGAAGUAUAGGAAGAAAUAUGGCGACAUAUUCAUGGUUGAAUUGGGGCCCAACAAAUUCAUCUUCCUGUGCAACUAUAAGCUCAUUAAGGAAAGCAUGUCAAGGCUUGAGCUAUCGGAUCGUCCCCAAUUUGAUUUGGGUUUUAUAUUAUCUGAAGGAGUUCCAGCAGGUGUCAUCAUGACUAAUGGCAAACACUGGCAAAAUGCUCGAAGGUUUCUGCUGCGUAACCUGCGUGAUCUCGGAAUGGGCAAGACCUACCUAGAGGACGCCAUUCAGCGAGAGGCACAGUUGCUGGUGGAGGAUUUCAAGAAACACUCAGGGUCUCCCACGCUCUUUCCCAAAUCCCUCAAUGUUGCUGUCCUUAAUGUUGUGUGGCAGAUGGUUGCAAGCACGAGAUAUGACAUGGACGACGAAAGGGUUUUGUCAAUCAUCAAGAUAAUAAGGUCUUUCGAAACUACGUCAGUAAUGUUAAUUCUGGAGUUCAUUCCAUUCAUCAAAAAGAUCAUUCCAGACUUCAUCAAGAACAGAAUAUCGCUCUACACGCAAAUGGCGAACUUGAGAAAAGAAGCGAAGACACUCAUACAGGAAUUGAAGGCAACACACCGCGCCCAGCUGGACCCUGACAACCCAAGAGACGUGAUCGACGAGUACCUCAUCGCCAUGGACAAUAAGAGUGACAUUGCUGAAUACUUUAGUGAAUUGGACUUAGUAUGUGUGACUUUCGACCUGUUUAAUGCCGGGUUCGACACCACCUCCAAUAUGCUGCGCUGGAUCAUCCUCUACAUGAUCAAAUACCCCGAGGUGCAGCGGCGCGUCCAGGAGCAGAUUGACGCGGUAGUGCCACGAGACACCUUGCCCUCCUAUCAACACAAACCCAACCUGCCCCUGGUGGAGGCCAUGAUACAGGAAGCUCUACGCUUCUCCUCCUUGAUAUCCUUUGGCGUGCAGCGCUCCCCAGACAGAGACAUUCAAGUAGGGGGCUACCUCAUCCCCAAGGGAAGCUUUGUGUUCCCCGCGACCGUCUGUUGUCACUACGACCCUCAGUACUGGGAACACCCCGACCAGUUCAGGCUGGAGCACUUCCUGGACGACCAAGGCAACUUUGCGUCCCAAAAGGAAGGUUUUCUUCCCUUCGGCACAGGACGCAGGAGCUGCUUGGGCGAAUCUCUGGCCAGGAUGGAGCUGUUCCUCUUCUCCUCCGCCCUGCUCCAGAACUUCACUUUUUCUGCCCCCGAGGGUUGCGAGGUGAACCUCGAAGGAGAUCCCAGAUUGCCAUCAGUACGAAUGGCCCCCGACCAAAACAUUGUCAUCACUCCAAGGACGAAAGAGGACUAACUGAGGUCACUCCUGUGGACUCCCUUAGAGGCUCGAGGAGAAGGCGCCUCCGUCCUCUGUUCCCAUCACUGAUUUCGUAAUGGUAGCUUUAUCGCUUGAUGACUAACUUUACUUUACCUUAUGAUUCUGGCACAAUUAGAAUAACUCUACUGAGAAAGCAUUCCAUGAACUGUAUUACAGUACAUUACGUGAGGUCAGAGAGUCCUCAAGGGUAAAUUUUUUUUUUUUUUUUUCUUAGUAAGGAACAGGUACAUGCUGAAAAUGAUAGACAAUAGGCAAGAUGAGCAGUAUUAUGUGGGAUGUGGUCACAGUUUUGCUUCUGACCAGCCUUAUUCACCAUGUAUCUAUUCUUCCCAUACAGACGCCAGAUUAUUUAUCUCCAAUGAACAAUAGAGAGUUUUCAUUUAAGAGUAGCUACAUGAUAAAAACAAAUGAGAGGGAGGAAAGGAAACUGAAUAACUGAAUGGGAAGGUCAUUUAGACGAACUAUUCAGCGCGUUCCCAGUGGCAUGGCUGUGAGUAGACGUCAGUUCUCACCGUUACGACGCAGAGGGAGGAGUACAUAGACGAGCAGUUACUUCAGGAUACUAUUACAGUGUCUUGUGUCUUGAGAUGCAGCGCGGCGAGGAAGGCAGGGAGGCAUAAAGACUCGCUGUACCAUUUGAGAGUGAUUUCUCCAUGACAAUCGCUACGUAAUGUUUUUCUGAGUGAUUUUAACUAGAGAAAACUUAUUCACGUUACCCAGGCCGUGAACAGUACUUUCCGUGAACAGUACUUUCAGAAAGCUAACGUGUUCGGCAGUGUCAGUUCCCGAAUUCAGGUAGCGUCAAAUUAAGCUGAUGAAAAAGCGCCAAUUUGAAUCGGCAUCUCUCCACCACUGCCAAAACUCAUUAUCUUUCUUGGCCACCACUGCUAUGAGUUUCCCUCAGCCACCACCAUCACCAUUACCGUCAUCACCAUCAUCACCACCGCCACCUUCGUAUUGUAAACAACCACUACUGAGUCGGAACGAGGUAAGGUAACUAAGUCUAACCAGUUGCCUUUGCUUUCUGCUCGUCUCUUACAUUCUACCUCCCGAUAGGAAAUACAUUCACAGUUAUUACAUACAAGACAUUAAUGUAGGUAAUAGAAACUUGCCCUGUGUAAUUCAUUUCGUAUAUUUGGCUGGGAGAAGUUAUAAAAGUCUUGAUGUAGUGAUGGUUGUGGGAUUUGGCUCUGUAUCAGCUCCCAUUUACUUUUUUUUUCAUGUUUUUUUUUUUUUUUAUGUUCCUUGUGUGCAGUCAGUGUAAGUUUUCCAUCGCUACUUUAAUUUUUUGCUUUAUAUUAACUGUAUUUAUUCUCUCUGUUUUUCCAUUCCCUCACCUGUUCAUAGAAAACGGAUACGUUUUAUGGAUGCAAAACUAAAUAAAUAAAACACUUUUCUCUA